CUGGCAAGAUAGUAGUCUCAAUGCAUCUUACGAAGAUAAUGGUGGCACCCAAUCUCAGACUGCUCCACUCAUGUCAUCUACUCCGUCAAGGACACUCAUGCCCCAGAGAUCAAAGUCCAGUACCCCUAAAGCUCCCAGACAGAGCCCUGCGAGACAGAGACAUCAAGAGCCUGCCCCAGAUAGCUAUGGAGACGGUUAUUCAUCUGGAGAGUCAGGUAGUUCAAGAAAACGUCAGUUAGCACUAGAAGAACAGAGUGGCCUGGGAGGAAUGUAUGACAAGAAGAUCAAAGUGGAAGAAGAUUCUGACAUCAUAGAGGAGCCAAGCAAUCAAGGGUUUCACACUGGUGAUAAAGACAGAAACUGGAGAGAAUUCCAUACUGGCGAAAUAUCAGGGAGCCUGCAUAACCUACACACUGGGGACAAGGACAUAAACAUACAAGGUUUUGAUACUGGAAGUUACCACUCACAAGACUAUAAUAUCCAAACUGGAGAAGGCUCUGUAUAUACCAUCGUACAUGAUACUGAAAGCGCAGGAUUUGAGAGCUAUAAGAAUGAAAGGGAUAAUGGUGCUUCCGUAGCCACCCCUCAAGGAAACGUAAUAUUGUAUAAUGAUAUCACUGAAGUGCCUGAACCUAGUGUUGUUUUAGAGGAUUAUCCAUGUCAUGACUGCAAAAUGAUAUUCCCAACUCUCGCCUGUAUGGAGUAUCACACCCAAGUUGUCCACAGAUUCUUCUGUGA